UCCACCAGCUACCUGUACUCCAACUCCAGGCGGGGCUUCGCUACCAUCACCACCAUGGCCAAACGGGAUCCCACUACGCUGUCCAACUACGACGCUUGGCGCACCAAGCACACCACCGCUAGCUUCAGCAUUGACUUUGACAACAAGCGCCUGAAGGGCUCGGUGGUGCUGCAGCUCGAGAGCCAGACCGACAAGCAGAGCAAUGAGAUCAUUCUCGAUUCUCGCUUCGUCAAGGUGUCGUCGGUCAACGUCAACUCGGCCGAGUCCAAGUGGGAGCUGAAGCCGCACUCGGAUCCCUUUGGCGCGCCGCUGCAUGUGCAGGUUCCUGAUGGCGCGGCCAAGGGCGACAUUGUUAACCUGGCCAUUGAGCUGGAGACGACGAGCAAGUGCACGGCGCUGCAGUGGCUGACACCCGCCCAGACCUCCAACAAGAAGCAUCCGUACAUGUUUUCGCAGUGCCAGGCCAUUAAUGCUCGCUCCAUCUUCCCCUGCCAGGAUACUCCUGAUGUCAAGUCCACCAUCAGCUUCAAGUUCACUUCCACCCUCCCGGUUGUUGCUUCUGGUGUUGCUGUUGGCGACCACACAGCUACUCCCGGCGUGGAGAAGGUCUAUGAGUUUGAGCAAAAGGUCCCCAUCCCUUCAUAUCUCUUCGCUGUUGCCUCUGGUGACAUCGUCUCUGCCCCCAUUGGGUCCCGUAGCAAGGUUGUCACUGGUCCCAAUGAGCUGGAAGGCUGCAAAUGGGAGCUCGAGCGAGACAUGGAGAAGUUCCUGGAAAUUGCUGAGAGCAUUGUCUUCCCGUACAAGUGGGGAGAGUACAAUGUGCUUGUUCUGCCCCCCAGCUUCCCCUAUGGAGGCAUGGAGAACCCCAUUUACACUUUUGCCACCCCUACCAUCAUUAGCGGCGACAGGCAAAACGUUGAUGUGAUUGCUCACGAGCUUGCCCACAGCUGGAGCGGCAACCUGGUUUCCAACGCCAGCUGGGAGCACUUUUGGCUGAACGAAGGCUGGACCGUCUAUCUGGAGCGACGAAUUGAGGCUGCCGUCCACGGCGAGCCCCAGUUUGACUUUUCAUCCAUCAUCGGAUGGAAGGCUCUCGAGGAUGCUGUUGCGCAUUUCGGCAAGGACCACGAAUACACAAAACUCAUCAUCAGCCACGAUAACGUGGACCCCGAGGAUGUUUACAGCACCGUUGCUUACGAGAAGGGAUUCCACUUCCUUUACUACCUGGAUCGUCUCGUUGGCCGGGAGAACUUUAAUAAGUUCAUUCCUCACUACUUUACCAAGUGGGCUGGAAAGUCUCUCGACUCUUUUGAAUUCAGGGACACGUUUGUCGACUUUUUCAACGGCCUGGGCGAUGAGGAUAUCAAGAAGAAGGUUGCUACUAUUGACUGGGAAGGCAAGCUCUACACUCCAGGCCUGCCCCCUAAGCCCGAGUUUGACAUGACCCUUGCUGGUCAAUGCUACGAAUUGGCUGCGAAGUGGGAAAAUGAUUCUUAUGAGCCCAGCGCCAAGGAUGUUGAAUCGUUCUCUUCCAACCAGAAGAUUGUUUUCCUUGAAAAGCUGCAGCAGCAUGGUGCUCUGAGCACCGAACGGGCCCAGCUUCUGGGUAAGGUCUACAGUCUCCUCGACACCCAGAAUGUUGAGCUUCAGUUUGCCUAUCUGCAGAUCGCUCUCAAGGCCAAUGACAGCACAAGCUACCAGAGCACAGCCGAUCUGCUUGGCAAGGUCGGUCGCAUGAAGUUCGUCCGACCCUUGUUCCGAUCUCUGAACAAGGUUGAUCGAAGCCUCGCCCUGGAGACUUUUGCCAAGUACAAGGACUUUUACCACCCCAUCUGCAGGGGUAUGGUGGAAAAGGAUCUUGGCGUCUAGGGGUCUUUCUAUAUAUAACCAUUGAGCGGAAAUAAAGUAAAAUAAAAGAAGCAUGUGAAACAAUUUUAUACAGUGCCAUGUAGUGAUACUAUUUGUGUUGAUGCGACGUAGUAAUUACCAUUCGAGCCACUCUACGUCGAGCAUCCACUCAACCCAUCUCUGCCCCUCUCUUCGUUCAAAUUUCGCAAAGCUCACAACAUCUCUUGCGCCAAAGUUGCCAUAUAAAUGCGGGAACCCAUUUUCCCAUUUGAUCGGAUCCGCCAACUUUGACAUCUUAAACUUGAUGAUCCAUAGGGUAGGAGUUUCAGUGAAGAAUAAAUCGGCCGUGUUGGGGACCUGCAUUGCCGUGCUUAGGUGAACGAAUCCAUCCUUUGCGUCGAGCCCUGAGAGGGGAUACUCAAUGGGAAAAGGUUCGAUGGGAUGUGAAGAGAGGAUUUUGUAGAGAUGUAUCGGGCGAGGCUCCGGUGACGACGACAUGUUCAAGACAGACGCAGCGAUGUCUUCUAUGAAUGCUUGAAUAGCUUGAGGUGUAUGACGGGAAUUGAAAGUGAGCCGAGGAA